UCACGAGCGACAUCAUCCACCAUGCAGCGCACUAUUAAUACCUCCUACCACGCCGUGCGCGCGUCCACCUUGAUCCUCAACCCAGAGCGUUGAUACCCCCGUUACCAUGACACAGGAAUACACCGUGUACGGCCUCGCCGCGCGCUCGCGCGGCCCCAACGUCUCCUCCUUUGUGCACAUCACGAUGAGCGACAUGGCCAUCCUCGGCAUUCACUACAAUGUCGUGCCGCUCACCUUCCCUGUCAUCCGCUCGCGCCUCGCGCAGGAGACGGGCAACCAGCAGGUCACGGUGCCGACUAUGAUCACGCCUGAUGGCUACGUUACUGACUCGUGGGAGAUCGCGCAGUGGCUCGAGAAGAAGCACGGUUUGCGGGACCGCACCCUCUUCCCGGCCGGUAUCGACCGCUCGACCGACGUGUGGAUGCAGACACGCCUCGCGCCAGCCAUGCGCCCGCUCUUCCGCCCCGGCUUCUGGGCGAUGCAAGACGGCGCGAGCCGCGACUACUUCCUCACGACAAAGUACAUGGGCGACGAGGCGGCGCUGGCGCGCGACAUCGCCAACAUCCAAGACCCGCGGGCGGCGGCGACGGUGUCGGCGGGCGUGCGCCGCGUGCUGGGCGAGUUUGAGCGCAAACUUGGCGAGACGGACGGGCCGUUCGUGCACGGCCAUAAGCCCAGCCACGCCGAUAGCGCCGUGUUUGGAUGGUACCUCUCCGGCCAGGUCAGCCGGGACGCAAACUACGACGCGUGGUGCUCUGACGAGAAUCCGCGCGUCGGGCGGUGGGUCGAGGCGAUGGAGAGGGCGACGAGUAUCGUGCCGGGGUACUAGAUAACUGUAGGAGGCAUGGUGUGAGUGUAA